AUGAUCUCAGCGGAGGCGCAAAUACCGUUCGCCAAGGCCUGCGAGCUCUUCGUCCUCCAGCUCACUAUCCGCUCCUGGCUCCAUGCCGAGAAGAACAAGCGGUGCACCCUGCAGAAGAAAGACUUCCUCGUCGACAUCGUCCCGCAGGAGUCAGGACGGCCUCGCCGCCGUAACAGCAGCCAAGGACGACGCCGUGCUCACCCCCAGGGUGCGUUAUUAUUACGCUCCACCGCGGCGGGGGCUCAUGGGACAACUGGCGGACAUGUACGGGUAUCUCCCGCCGGUGUGGCAGACAUCGGAGGACUGCGGCGGCGGGCAGAGUUUCGAUGUGCAGGGAUUUGCCUCGCCGCUGCCGCCACCACCAGGAUCAGCUAA